CUGUUUUAUUUUUCUAGGCGUACAAUUUACCGUGAUUUAAAAGUGCUACAUCAGAAAGUGGCAUGCAAAGAAUAUCUGGAUAAUUUCAAGCUGCUCGAGAAGUACUGCGGCUAUGAAGAAAAUCAUAUUCCUCAGUUGGAAGACAUAACAAAUUUUCUUAAAAACCGAAGUGGAUUCACUCUUCGUCCAUGUGGUGGCUAUUUAACGCCCCGGGAUUUUCUUGCCGGACUGGCUUUUCGUGUAUUCUGUUGCACUCAGUAUAUGCGCCACGAAUCUAGUCCUUAUUACACUCCUGAGCCGGAUCUAUGCCACGAAAUUCUUGGACACAUGCCGAUGCUUACAAGUUCCGAAUUUGCGCAGUUUAGCCAGGAAAUAGGACUCGCAAGUCUUGGAGCUCCAGAGGACAUUUGCACCGCUUUAGCGCGGGUAUUUUAUUAUUUCAAACUUUCGCUUUUUCUGCCGCUUAAACUGUUUUUUAGCCACCAGUUAUACUUCUUCACAAUCGAAUUUGGAUUAUCGACCGAAGGUGAGGAGUUCGACGAGAAAAGACGAAAUUUGAAAGUCUACGGUGCCGGUUUAUUGUCGUGUUUCGACGAGCUCAAGUUUUGUGUGACGAGCGAAGCCAAAUUGAAGCCUUUUGAGCCGAAAGCUGUAAUUGCGACGGAACCGGAGGUAACUCAAUUCCAGCAAUGCUAUUUCUACACAAAAAGUUUUGAAGAAGCAAUCUGCAAACUCAGGUUCGCAACUAUUUUCCAAAAUUAUGCACAUGGUUGCAGGUAUAUAAUUGCAGUACGCUUUAACUAGGC